AGUGUAUGGAGGUUCCAGCGUUGGUCUGACCCACUGUGCAAGUGUGAGUGUGUUUGAAUGAGUGUGUGUGCUGACAGCAGCUGGCAGGGGUGACAGUCAUCAGUUUCACUCGUUUGGAAUUAAUGAAAAGCUUAAAACUCUGGAUAUUUAUUUGACCCAGGUGAGUCAAAAUGAACAUUUUGUUUCUAUAUGGACAGAUUAAUAUGCUUGUCUUUAUGCUACAUUAUUCUGACUUGAAUAGCUCAUGGCAAAACGAGACUGAACUGCUAAUACAAGUUAUUAAUUGUUGUGAGAUAGUUUUAUUUUGUAUUGUGACAAAAAUUAAUGUUUAAUAAUGUGUCUCCCAUCUCAGUGUGGCUGUUAGACUUAUAUAUAACACAGGAAACACAUAAUACACUAAGUCCAUACAACGUUUCUGAAACAUCCAUCUCAAAAAACAAACAUUAGUACUCUUUAAGGGUAUCAGGUCAACUUUAAAAGGAUUGAGAAAUGCCUGCCAGUGUUUAUAUUACUGCUUUAAGUAUACUGUCUGUAUCCUUUCUCAAAGGUUUUAUCAGCUGUCUGGUUUACAUACUUGACUUCAUGAUAAUGUUGUAGGUUAAAAGGUGGUAAAGUUGCAGUGUUGCUGUUGGGUAUGAGAGUACACACAUAACAGGGCAUUUUCAUAAUGCAUGACAUGAAUAUUUGGACACUUGACCGGUGGGGUACCCCCCUUACAUUUAGUUUAACAGAGUUGUAAAUGUAGAGGACUGAGUUAAAUAUUUGGUUCAAACUUGGCGAGCUGUCAAAGAAUGCUCACGUGCGAAAUGACGUGUGUUAAAUCAUUUGAUUACAAAAACUCUAGAUUUGCACCUGUAAAUACAUGCCCAUUCACUCUGUCUUUCAGUCACAAACCACACACACACACACACACACACACACACACAUGCGCGCGCACACACAUAAACAGGCUUUACCACCUUUCCCAUUUGAGCUGGCAUUUAGCCCACCCUGAAAUACAAUCUGCAACACUCGCUGGUACAGCCCCUGUGAGAGAGGGUUGCCCUCCACUGAAGGAGGUUUUCAGAGCAUUAACAGCCUGUAACACAAUAUCUGACAAUAUCUGAUUUCCCUUCUGCAUAUUAAAUAGUGUACUAAAGCUGGUGAAGUGGUAUGUUGGGGAAAUCAGAGAGUUCGAGGUGUUAAUGUAUGCUACUGUUUGGAUGGUUAGAGAGGGAUGAUUUAAAACCUGAUGACCUAUUUGAUCUUAGCAUUAUUUAGUUUACUGGGAUGCAAUUUAGUGGCCAGAAUUCACAUGAUUUAACACGAAACUCAUUGUUUGCCUACGUAUGUUUGAUUUGCCUUACAAGCUUUUAUUUUGAAAAGUCACCACUGUCAUAUGAGCACUGCUUUCAACUUACUUUCUCUUCAGUUAUUUGUCUUACUUUAGUUUUAAUGACUAUAUGUAUUUGAAAGAUAAAGUGUCUAAUUGGUGGUUGGUUUCGUCCUUUGUCCUAGCAAUGCCCUGUGUACAAACCCAGUAUGCAUCCCUGCCCCAUGACAACUUCUUCAGCUCUGAGUUCUUGAGUCCUGACCUUAGUGCCAAACUGGUGAUGGACAUCGGUGGCCAAAAGGACCAGCUGUCUACAUCUUCAUUACCCAGCAUCAACACCUUGGUGGGCAAUGGCUAUGUGGGGGAGUUUGAUGGCUACUCUUGCAAGAUCACCACCUCUCCUCCCAACUCUACAGUUUCGUUUAGCCACACUGCUGUGGCUGAAAACCCACAGAUGCAAAGCCAAGCCUUCAAGCUGGAUGAUCUCCAGGUGUAUGGCUGUUACCCGGGAUCCUUUGCUCUCAGCUGCCUAGAUGAAACCCUCUCAUCAUGUGGCUCCGACUACUAUGGCAGCCCAGUUUAUACAUCUGCUUCUCCUCCAGCACCAGGUUUCCAGACACAGACAGCCCCUGUGUGGGAUUCCCCUUUCAGCCCCUAUCCUUCAGCCCCUGCAAACUCUGUGGCUGAAAAAACUGCCAUGGCCCAGCAGCUCUCCUUUUUCUCCUUCAGCCCCCCACCAGAACAACACUCUCCCUUGGGGCAGCAUCAGGAUGCACCUCCAGGCCACAAUGACCCUUUCUUCCUGCCUCCUCAGCAGCAUCUCUCGCCGAUUCAUUGCCCCCCUAUGUCCAUGGAUCAUGGAGCCUUAGAGGGCCCCAGGAUAGUGGAGGGGGGCAUGACAUCCCCCAAAACCCACAACCUGGGAUCCAGUGAGGGUCGCUGUGCAGUUUGCGGUGACAACGCAUCCUGUCAGCACUAUGGAGUCCGCACCUGUGAGGGCUGCAAAGGAUUCUUCAAGGUAAAAACCUAAACCGUCUUUUUCCUGGUUAAUUCUCGACAGACAUGAUUGUUUGGUUUGGGUGAAAAAUUAGACUUUUGUAGCUUCUUAAUGAUUUUGGACAAGAGUAAAAGGCUGGUGGCAAAGAAUUAAAACACUUCACAGAAACCUCACAGAAAUGCUUUAGUUUAUUUGAGUAUAGUUACAGCAAUAAAAGUUUGUUCUCCAGAAAUAUUAAGAGUUACAUGUGGUACUGUAUGACGUCUACUGUGCAUGUUUUCAUGUUAAAAUACUAUCUCUGUGACUUUUAAUGUUUAGAUGGGAACAUUGGUUUUAGCCUCAAAAGUACAACAUUUGCGCAGCUAUAUGCCAUUUAGAUAAAUCAAGAACCCUAUGCUUUACUUUUAUCCUCGAUGCACCUGGUUAUUUACUGAAAAAAAAAACUAUAAGGUAGAUCACAUGGCUACAUUUUAGUGCAUCAAAAACUUACAUGUGUCAUUUUUUUUUUCGACAGCGAACUGUACAAAAAAAUGCAAAGUAUGUGUGCCUUGCCAAUAAAGACUGCCCGGUGGACAAGAGGAGAAGGAACCGCUGCCAGUUCUGCCGUUUCCAGAAAUGUCUCGCUGUGGGAAUGGUUAAAGAAGGUAUUGCAAAACUCUCCUGAAUCCUUCAGUGACUAAUAUAUGACAGUGAGAAACUGGGGUUAGCAAUGACAGUCUUGUGAAACCAAAGCUGGAAGCAAAAGAGAUGUAUGUGCCAGUUGCAGAAAUAGGGAAACAGAAACUGAGAGAGCAGUUAUUCUUUUUUAAAGUGCAGUGACGGCCAUGUGAGCCUCAGAGCCUUGUGCUUGAACUCUCUCUUUUUUCAUUUCUUUCCUUUGCCCAGUGGUUCGCACAGACAGUCUCAAAGGACGUCGGGGUCGUCUGCCCUCGAAACCCAAGACUGUGGCUGAGGCAUCAUCCACGACUCCGAGUCUAAACAUCAUAGCCUCACUGGUCAGGGCUCACGUGGACUCCAAUCCAAGCAUCGGGAAGCUUGAUUACUCCAAGGUAAGUCUCAAGACUUUUAACAUGCAGAACAUACUGAUCGGUUAAGUGAUGUUACACCUCAUCAUUGGAUCUACACCAAGCAGAGACAGGGAAGAACUCAGUGCUGUUUCUUUUCAGUAACACUGUCACUGCUCCUCUGUUUCUCCCCAGUACCAGGAGGAAGUGGACAACCUAAAAGAAAAGGAGGAUGCAGGUGACAUCCAGCAGUUUUAUGACCUUUUGACCGGUUCUUUAAAUGUCAUAAAAACAUGGGCUGAAAACAUCCCAGGAUUCACAGAUUUCUGCACAGAGGACCAGGAGCUGCUCCUAGAAUCUGCCUUUGUUGAGCUCUUUAUUCUGCGGCUCGCGUACAGGUCAGCCUCUUUACAAAUGACAGGUUAGCAAGCAUUUCAGAUGUGUGACACUUACUGUACUAACUGUACUAUUGUUCUGAAACUGUGCAGGUCAAAUCCAGAGAAGAACAAGCUCAUUUUCUGUAAUGGCUCAGUCCUCAAUCGACUGCAGUGCGUCUGCAGUUUUGGUGACUGGAUUGACUCCAUCAUGGAUUUCUCCCAGUCUCUCCACCGCAUGAACCUGGAUGUGUCCUUGUUCGCCUGCCUGUCAGCACUUGUAAUCAUCACAGGUUAGAGUCCGUAUUCACAUUUUUGUAAACAAGAAUGCAGAGUGCAUUUGUAUUGCAUAUUUAAGGUUAAAGAUUGUGGUUCUCAUGUCAACAUUUUUUUUUACAUCCAGAUCGCCAUGGCCUCAAAGAGCCAAAACGGGUGGAGGACUUUCAGAAUCAUCUCAUCACUUGUUUGAGAGAACAUGUGAGUGGAAAUGGAUCAGAAAUGAGCCGUGUCCAGCCUAACUAUCUCUCUCGCCUUUUGGGUAAACUCCCCGAACUGAGGACUCUAUGCACUCAGGGCUUACAGCGAAUCUUCUACCUGAAACUGGAAGAUCUGGUCCCCCCUCCACCUAUAGUGGAGAAAAUCUUUUUGGACACUCUGCCAUUCUAGAAAAAAGCACCAACACUUAUGAGUCAUUUGAAACGUGACUUUUUCAGGGGGGCUUUUGCCUUUGUCGACGUCAGAGCUAAAGAGACAGGAACAGUGGAAGAAGACGGGCAGCAAAGGGUGGUGGCUGGAAGUCACGCUGACAACUGUUUCGACGAGAACUGUAUAUUCAGUACUUGAAUACUGUAGCACUUAAACUGCUCAGCGAAUUAGCGUCCUGAUUGGAAAGUAAAAUAACACAAAGUUAAUCUGAGUUUUUAUCAGCUGACUCUAAUGCUGAACCUCCCUUUUCAGCUCUGACUUCUGCUCUGGCAAAUGUCUGUCUUUGCUCGAGAGACCAUCAUUUUUAUUAGAUUACAGUCAAAAAUCAAAGACAGGACUGCUCAAAGAUUUAUGUUGGUGCAAUGAACCUGUCAUGGACAGAGCUGAAAGAGUGGCAUUUAGGGACACAGUUUAUACAUACUUUUUGUGUGUGUGUGUGUUUUAAAAAUGACUUUAUUGCUGUGCUAGGUGUGUGAAUGUUGUCCUUUUAUUCAGGUAGUUAGACAUGACGCAUUGCAGUGUUACAUGCUCAGUUUUUGCUUAUCAGGAGAGAACGCACUAAUCUCUCAAAAUGUGUUCAAUGGGCUUGCUUUUUUAGCCUUUGGGAAGAGGCUGAAAUUAUAGAUUUUGUAAGAGAGUAGAAACACAAACUGUUACUUUGCAAUGCUGAUGAGUCCUUCACAAAGGGGAUUCCACAGAUUAUUUACUAAUUGAUAGUUGUAGUCACACUGCUCAUUUUGAAGGUCUUGGACCAAAGUUUACUCAUGUUUUUAUAUAACCAGUUAUAAACCUUAUUGCCUUAAAGCAUGAAAUGUUUUGCCAUAACACUUGUGCCGUCAUUUGCAACACCUUACAGAGGCUGAUGCUGGCAGGGUUCCUGCUGAAUCAUUUGUAUCUAGAAACACUUCUUGGGCCUUAAAAGCAUAAAUGGACAUGAUGAAUGAAAACAGAAAGUGCCUUUUGAAUACCUUUAGCCUUCAAACCAGAAUAAGUGACACUAAGCUACCCCUGAUAUCACAUAAAGAGAACCCCGUGUAAUGUAAGUGUCAGCUUAAAAGCUGCAGUCAGAACUGGUUUCUUACUUAAGACCAUUAAGAAUAAAUUCAGCUUGGAUUAACUUUUGUAAAGUUGUAAAGAGGGAAAUUGUCAGAAUAGUUUGACUAAAGUAUACAAUACUACAACACUUCUCACACUGCCAAACUGGAAGGACAUCAAGUGCUGACAGCUGGUUUAGGAUCUACAAGAACUAAAUCCUGUUCAUAUGUUCCUGAGGCAGUGAAAUCCAGGACUACAGUGGAGACGCCCAGCUCAUGAUUUAGUCAAAUCACAUUUCAGUGUCCCUGUCCACUCUGUCCAGAAUUAGAUAUAGCAUAUCCUUUCCAUUAUUAGUUUCAACCUUCACAGCACUGUAAAAAUCCACUUUAAAAGCAGACAUGAAAUGUUUAGCAUUCAAUAGUUACUUGUCUUUGGCUAAAGAUACUUUGCCCUACAUGUGUUUUAAACCUCAUCUUGAUGUGUUUGUGAAACUCUCCUACUGUCUUCCAUUUUCUUCUGAAUGGUGUAUUUUUUUUUUUUUUUACUUUAUUUUUUAUUUUCAUCUCAGCAUGAACUUAAGAAAAUUCUUAAGGAAUCGCAGUGACAUGCGAUGAGAAGAUGAGCAGCUAAAAGCACUUAAGUGUUCAAACAAAAUGAAGAGCACUUCUUUCUCCUACUGUAUGUAUUUUGUUUGACAUUUGUGUGUGUACUUUGAAAAUAUGGCCAGGGCUUUCAUACUAUGGUGCAGAACUUUUAAAAGAAAAUAUUUGAUAUUAAAACUUUUGAAAAUA